ACGUCACCCGCACCACGGACGUCACCCGCAUCACGGACGUCACCUGCAUCACGGACGUCACCCGCAUCACGGACGUCACCCGCACCACGGACGUCACCCGCAUCACGGACGUCACCCGCACCACGAACAUCACCCGCAUCACGGCCGUCACCCGCAUCACGGACGUCACCCGCAUCACGG